AUGUCAUCGAUCCUGUUUGUGAAAGCAUUAUAUGACUUUAACUCUACAGAUAGCUCGAGCCUUUCCUUUAAAAAAAAUGAUAUAAUACAAGUUCUUACGCAGCUAGAAUCUGGUUGGUGGGACGGUCUAUGCAACGGUGAACGUGGAUGGUUUCCUAGUAAUUAUGUUACCAAUUUAGAUGACGAGGAUGAUAUAUCGGAUGACGAUAAGUUAGCCGAUUGGAUUCCUCAACAAACUCCGGAUGGUGUCAUAUUUUAUUAUAACACCCGAACGGGUGAAUCAUCCUGGGAAUUACCCAUAGACGAUAACGAUAAGCAAAUGGACGAUAAUUCUACAGCACGUGAUUCCAGUAAUUAUACUGGAACUGGUGUCUCUUCACAUUCUAGCACUGUUAGUUCUUUUCUAAAACAGAGGCCGUUACCGGAAAAUUGGAUACAACAACCUACUGAAGAUGGUAAUACAUAUUAUUACCUCAAUACGGUAACUCAAGAGAUUAGAUGGACUUACCCUGAGGGUGCAGAAAGGGAAGUUAUCGAUGAAGAUGCCGAUAGGGAAAGUAUCACUAGUUCAAAGGAUAGUAGAUUAAGUACCGGCACUACUGGUACCAUUCAACCAAUACAGCAAGAGCCUACCAAUGAAAAGCUUCCAUCUGGUUGGGGUAAGAAAACUACACCUCAAGGAAAAGUUUAUUAUUAUAAUAAAACGACCGAGGAGACUACUUGGAGUCUUGAUAAUAUUGGUGAAGAUGGUCUUCUGAUUAAAACUAAUGAUGAAAAGCUUCCGCUUGGUUGGGGUAAAAAAAUUUCUCCUAGAGGAAAAGUCUAUUACUUUAAUGAGACUACCCAAGAGACUACUUGGAGUAUUGAGAAUAUUAAUGAAGAUGGUCUUAUGUCUAAAACUGAUGACGAUGCUGUGCCUUCUGGUGCCGGUGUUGGAUCUGGCGAUGAAGCACCAGCUGAUCCUCUACCUCCCCCUCCUCCUCUUCCUCCUAUUACUACUGCAACAUUACCUUCUCUUCAAAAGAAUACUGAUCAGUCUGUUCUUAUUAUGCAGAAUAAUGAACCAUGCACUUGGGACUCGUUAUCUGCCACUGUUUAUUCAGCCAUUAAUAAUUUAACUGUGGCGGCGCGAGAAAAUUUGAAACAAGAAUAUCAAAAUUGUACGAACGCUAUUGUUGAAAGUAUUCGUAUCAUGCUUUACGCUUCUGGUACCGUCGAGAAAGAGUCCCCGAUUAUUCGUCAAAACAGGACUUUAAAAACUUAUCACAGACAUAUAAUGGCUUCUCUCUCAAAAUUGGUCCUUUCUACAAAGGUUGCUUCUAGUGUUUGGCCUCCGCCUGAUGCUGCUCAAAAAAUGAAGAACGAUGCUGAUGAAGUUUUGGUCUCUGUUCGUCAAUUCGUGCAAGCUGCUGAACAUACUGUGGAUAUUAAACCUAUUGAUCCUAAAAUUACUGAGAGUGCUACUGGUGGUUCUUGGCGAGGUAAUAAUCUGGCUACGUUUGGUCCUAAUGGUAAAAAGUUCCCAGCUCCUUCUAUAUCAUCAAGCAUUAGCUCUCAGGAUAGUACUGAUUCAUCCGGCCCUUCUCGUUCCUUGACUCCAGACAUUUUGGCUUCAUUAGAACAUUUUUCUCGUACCAUUUCAAAGGCUAUUAUGUUAAUAAAUAAUCUUAUUAGAAAGCAUACUGAAAUACCUCAAUCUUCUGUACCUGGUAAUAAUGCUGGGUUUGCGCCACAACUUGUGACACAGACACGCCAGGUUGUUACACAUGUUGGUCAAUUUUUAUCUACGGUUGAGGAUAUUAAUUUAGAGGAUUUAGAUGAAACUAGUCAAGGUUCUAUAAAUGAAUUUAAAAUUGCAAAACAAGCUCUAUAUAAUAACAUUGCUGGUUUAGUUAUUUGUGCACAAAGCGCAACCGAUCCGUCUCUCAAAUCUAGUAUAAUGGAUCAUGUUCAAAUUUCUGCUAAUGUAGUUGAGAAGUCCGUAAAAGAUGUAAUCAUUGCUGCAAAGUUCCUUAUGGAAGAAAAGGAUACGCAAGAUCAAUUGAGAAUUCAAAUGCGUACUCCUCGGCGUUCAAAUUCUUCUGAAGUAUCGCCGACUAAUUGGCGUACGAACCCGAUUGAAAAUGACGCGAAUGAUGUCAUUGAAGAUGCAGAAAUUAUUGAUAAUCAAAAUGUCAAGCCUAUUAGUCCUCCAGCAACGAUUCAAACCGGUUUACAAACUGUACCUGAAGAUGAUGUUAUGACUACUGACUCACCCACUGUCAUACCUGAUUCAAAUACGGUCAAUACGAUAGAUGACUCUGAUAGAGUGCCAACAUCCCCAAUUUCUGAUGGUUCUUCUAUGACUGGUGGUCGUUCAUUUAUGAGCGGUUCAAGUAGUCAAUUUCGUGAAGAUUCAUCAUCAAUUCAAUCUUAUGGUUCAUCUCAACGUACAAAUUCUCAACCUAUCGUCCAGACUGAUUAUCAAAGAACAUCAUCUCCUCCAUUAUCUAAUAAUCCAGGUGGUACUAGAUCACCACGUAGUGAGAGUAGUAAAGUCGCAAAAUUCUUUGGUGAAGAUGUUCAGUCUAUAAAUCAAACGCGUGUACAGCGUGAAGAUAAACCUUGGUUCCUUAAAUAUGAUUACGACGAAGCUGAAAUAAUUUUCAAUAUGGAAAAGCAUGUUAAGGGUGGUACUCUAAAUGCUUUGGUAGAAAGAUUAACGAUGCACGAUUUACUUGAUUCAAGUUUUAUAGCGACUUUCUUGUUGACAUAUCGUUCAUUCUGUACUACUGAACAAUUCUUUGAUAUGUUGACAAAACGUUUCAUGAUUCAGCCUCCUGAUAAUUUAACACCUGAACAAUUAGAAAUUUGGCAAGAGAAGAAACAAACACCUGUGAGAUUAAGAGUUUUUAAUAUUAUGAAGAGUUGGUUGGAGAAUUAUUAUAUUGAUGAUAAAGAUUCUUAUUGUUUGGAACGUAUACGUGAAUUCGCACAAACUACAAUGCAUGAGCACAUGGCUUUUGCGGCAGUGAGUUUGAUCAAAGUCAUUGAUAAAAGGAUGAUUCCUAAUAACACAAUGUUACCUCCACCUUCAAUCAAACCAAAAAAUCUGAAAAAAAUUAAAUUUUUGGAUUUGGAUCCAUUAGAAAUUGCAAGACAAUUAACUAUAAUAGAAGCUAAGCUUUACAAUAAAAUUAGACCAGUUGAAUGUUUGAACAAGGCAUGGAGCAAAGAAACUAAAGAUGGUGAAGAUGGUGGUGAUGGCGAAGAAAUAGCCGUAAAUAUUAAAGCCAUGAUUGUAAACAGUAAUCAGAUUACUGGAUGGGUAGCUGAGUCCAUUCUUAAUCAAAAAGAAAUCAAAAAGCGAUGCGCUUUAAUUAAACAUUUUGUUGCAGUAGCUGAUAAAUGUAGACAAUUAAAUAAUUUUAAUUCUUUAACGGCAAUCAUUUCCGGUCUUAAUUCCGCACCAAUUCAUCGUCUUAAGCGAACAUGGGAGAUGGUAAACGCACGAACGAUACAAACGCUCGAUAACCUUAAUAGAAUCAUGAACUCUACAAAGAAUUUCUUUGAUUAUAGAGAAAUGUUACAUAGCGUAAAUCCACCUUGCGUACCAUUUCUGGGUGUUUAUUUAACUGAUCUUACUUUUAUCGAAGACGGUAAUCCAGAUAUUCUUAAAAAAAAUCAACAAUUAAUUAAUUUUUCAAAACGAAUGAAAACUGCUGAUGUGAUACGUGAAAUUCAGCAGUAUCAAUCUGUACCAUAUAAUCUUACACCUGUACAAGAAAUUCAAAUUUUCAUUCAGAGUCAUUUGCAAGAUAGUAGAGAUGUUAGCGAUUUAUAUAGUACAAGUUUGGAUAUGGAGCCAAGGGAACGAGAGGAUGAAAAAAUUGCAAGAUUAUUACAAGAAAGCG